GUUUGCUCAGCAUUAAAAGUCCAACACCAUGACCUUAUAUCUUAUACCAAUUUAAGACUAGCUAUAAAAAUAAAUAGCCCAGUUCACAUACAUACAUGACUUACAAGGCAUGAUUACACCCUGUAUGGCAUGCCUGUCCAUCAGAGGGCACUAUGCGCGCGCACACACAUUCAGGGACAAUUUAGAGGGCCUUGAAGCUGUGAGACGGCAACGCUACCCACUUUGCCACUCUUAAACAGAUAAUAUUGGUUUAUUUGGUCUAAUGUAUGCAAAACCUAACAAGACGGAUAGUAGUAACCCAGUUCUGCAGAAAAAACAUGCGUCUGGCAAGAGACUCACUGCAGAUUUUAGCCAGCCAGCCAUAUUUAUAGUUGCCCCCUGUAUAAAAAGUUGUGUUUUGUUUCACAAUGUGGAAACCACUUUCAAACUUUUAUACUAAUACAAAUAAGUUUUUUUAAUCAUUGGAAUUUUCCUUAAUCUCAGUAGCAGGACUAGGAAGACUAGGCUCAAUUCAUGAUCAGAUAAACUACUUAAAAGUCAAUACAUAACAAUAUGAGCAGUUUCUUUAUAUACCAUAAUGUGAGCUCACCUUCAAUGUGUGUCAAACAUGCCUAUGUAAACACAGCAGUCCUCCAAGAACCAACAAAAGUGAAAUGUACGGAGUUGAUCUGUUUACUAUGAACCUUUUACUAUGAAUUUACUAUUCGGUUUACUAUUAAUCAAACACAAAAUUCCAAAGCAAUUGUUAAUGUCCUGUAUUAAGGUGGCUUUCUGUUUUUGUAGGUCUUCUAGUUUAUUGUAAAAUAAUUUAAUAGAAAAAAAACUAGUGAGCACUAGGUGGUGAAACCCUAAAAGCUACCAAUAAAUAAGUAAAAUAACAUCCACACUGUACAUUUGAGUAAAUGUAGAGCGUAAAUGUAGAGAGUAAAUGUAAUGUUUUUACCCAUAUUCAGUUCUGAGAUGCCAGAAACCAUGUUUGAGGUAAUGUUUUAUCAUGUGCAAUGUUUGAAAUUUGCUUUUAGUUUGUAAUUUGCUUUUAGUAAUUUAAUCUCACUUACCUCUGAUAACAGCAACAUUAGUGCAGAGUCAGGAGCUUACACUGCUGUGCAAUCAGUGGCUGAUACAGUUACAAUCACUGAAGGUGACCCAUGUUGACAUGGAGUUGUGAGGUUCAAGUAUCAUUUACUAGUGCUAUGAUAGACUUGACCCUGAGUCAGAGUAGCAUUAGAACCUUUAGCUGAGGCGUUGUUGAAAACAAGGUGAGAGCAGCUCUUAUCUGAAAGGCUUUUUUGUUUAAAUCAUACCAUAUACAGAAAAGCGCCUAGUUCCUGUAACCACAUCGAGAAACACCACCAACCAGACUGGAAAGCUUAAAAACAACCAGCCGUCAACACAGUCAUGCUGAACUAGACCAAACCUCAUGUUUGAGCUCUUUUAAACCCUUGCUGCUUAAGGGUGUUUAAGGACAUCUCUGUGUCAGAUGGCCAGGCGCAGCAGUCUGGAGUCACUAGAGGAGCAACUGCGCUGCCCUGUGUGUCUGGAGAUCUUCUCUGAGCCACUCAUGCUGCAGUGUGGCCACUCGUACUGCCGUGGCUGUGUGCGCUCUAUGGACAUGGAUCCUCUGGGGCAGCUCCAGUGUCCCGUAUGUCGCUGUGCCGUGGAUGGGGACAGCCCUCCACCUAAUGUGGCACUGGCACGCAUUGUGGACGCGUUACGGGAGAUCAGUGAACCAGGUCAAGGCCCUCAAGAGACAUGCAACCAACACCAUAACCCCCUGAGUCUGUACUGUGAGGAAGAUCAGACGCUGAUCUGUGGACUGUGUGGCAGCAUCGGAAGCCACAGGGCACACAAGGUCACGCCAAUCAGCAGCGUCUACAGCCGAAUGAAGGAGGACAUUUCCUGUCUGAUGACUGACUUUCAGACACAGAAGAGAAAGCUGGAAGAGCAGAUUUGUAAAAUGGCCUACAACAAGUCUCGCAUUACAAAUGAGUCGGACGUACUGAAGUGGGUGGUGCGGAAGGAGUUUGGGGAGUUGCGACACUGUGUGGAGCUCGAGGAGGCCACCUUCAUGCAGAAGGUGGAGAACACCGCCUCUACUCUCAUCUCCUCCAUCCAGACCCAGGCUGAUCAUAUGAGCCAACUGCUGGCCAAGUUCCAGGAGGCUGAAGGCACACUGGAAGCCCUGAGCAAUGAGAGCCAUCUGGACUUUAUCACUAAAUAUGGAUCUAUUGCCCCAAGGUUUAGAGAGAGCCAGCAGAGAGAGCAGAGGAAGGAGAGGACCUACAGCUCCAUCAGCUUUAACCCAGGCUUUAAUCACAGUGACAUCAAAAUGACUGUAUGGAAGAGAUUACACAGGAGAGUUUUACCAGCUCCUGAAUGCCUGAAGUUCGACCCUCUCACAGCUCACCCCAUGCUGCAGCUCAGUGAAGAUAACACCAGUGUGGAGUGCGGAGUCCUCGUCAACCGCCUGCCCAACAAUCCUGAGCGUUUCAGCUACAGCUACUGUGUGCUGGCCAGCCGUGGCUUUUCCUCAGGCAAGCACUACUGGGAGGUCCAGGUGGGAGGGAAACCAAAAUGGAGGCUGGGGUUAAUCAAAGGGACUGCUUGCCGUAAGAGUAAGCUGCCCAAGAGUCCUGAGGGUGGAGUGUGGCUGAUUGGGCUGAAGGAGGGCCGGCUGUAUGAGGCUUUCACCACUCCUCGUGUUACUCUGCCCCUCUUGAGUCAGCCACACCGCUUGGGGAUUUUCCUGAACUAUGACAGAGGAGAGCUGACGUUUUAUAAUGCGGACAGUCCCGAUGAGCUCGGAUUCAUUUAUUCCUAUCAGGCUGAGCUGCAGGGGAAGGUCUACCCGCUGUUUGACGUGUGCUGGCAUGAGCGUGGUGCCAACAAGCUGCCAAUCUCCCUGCCACAGCCACUCACUGAAGCCUACGGAGAGUAGCCUAGAAGCAAUUACGGCUGUGGCAAUGAACCUGUAUGAUAGUUUACUGAUAGUAUACUGGUAUCUGAAAUUCUGGGGUGAAAAAACUUUAGAACUAUUCAGAGGGAAAAAUAUUUUCUAGAUUGUUUUGAUAAACUACUGAAAGUUUAAAAUAAUUUUAAUAAUAACUUAUAAUUAUUGUUAGAUUUCUACAUUUUGUCUGCUUCAUUUGUGGUAGGGAGGCCUGAAGAAGAUACCACCUGACCUUUAAUCCCAAUAUCAGGCAUGAGAAAAUCUACAAAUAGUACUGGAAUAUAAAAAGGGUGGAUUUUUACUUUUACUUCUGAAGUGAUUGACAUAAUACAUGAACUUUAAUUCAUGUAUUUUUGUAGUUAUUUUGCUAUUGUAAAAAUAAAUAAAUAAA